AUGGAGCCGUUUCUGGGGUCGUGGCAGUUGGAAACGAGCGAGAAUUUCGACAAUGUGAUGAAAGAACUCGGAGUGGGCUUCCUCACACGCCAAGUCUGCAAUAACUCACGACCAACCUACAUUGUCUCCAGUCUUGGUAAAGGAAAGUACAAAAUGCGGUCGGAAAGCACCUUUAAGACCACCGAGUUUGAAUUUAAGUUGGGUGAGGAGUUCACGGAGGAAACUCCAGACGGCCGGACUGUCAAAUCCACCAUCACGAUUAAAGGCGGCACUCUGAAACAGGUUCAGGUUGGCGAGAAAACCACUUACAUCGAUCGUGUCGUUGAGGGCAACAAACUGAAAACGGUCGUUCAGGUUGGUGAUGUUGUGAGCACGCGAAUCUACGUGAAGAUCUAA